AUUUGCCCAAAAUGCAUCGCGCGCCUCUAUGUCGCUCUCUUCGGCUCCACCAACAAAGUGAAGAUGGUGCAGCGACUGACUUAUAGACGUCGUCUUUCCUACAAUACCAAAUCCAACAGGAAAAGGAUCUCCAAGACUCCUGGAGGAAAGUUGGUUUACUUGUACACAAAGAAGCCAGGCAAGGUUCCAAGAUGUGGAGGCUGCCCAAAGAAACUCCAAGGAGAUAGUCAGGGCUUUCCUUAUCGAGGAACAGAAGAUUGUUGUCCGUGUCCUUAAAGCACAGCAAGGGAAAAAAACAUCCUCUGAUUAAAGCUGAAAAAUAAAUGUUUUGUUGUACAUACA